GUCAACGUGGUGCUGUUUCAGUCAGGAUAUGACGUUACACUUCACUGUCAACAUGCAAGAUGGCGUCGCAUCACAGGCAAAACGCAGCUGGUCGGAGAAAAGUUCAGGUGUCGUAUGUCAUCCGAGAUGAGGUCGAGAAAUACAAUCGCAAUGGGGUAAAUGCACUACAGCUAGACCCCACCCUGAACCGACUUUUCACGGCAGGAAGGGACUCUAUCAUUAGGAUAUGGAGUGUCAAUCAGCACAAGCAGGACCCCUACAUAGCUUCAAUGGAGCACCACACAGAUUGGGUCAACGAUAUCGUUCUCUGUUGUAAUGGAAAGACUUUGAUAUCCGCCUCUUCAGACACCACAGUGAAGGUGUGGAACGCACACAAAGGCUUCUGCAUGUCAACGUUACGGACCCACAAGGACUAUGUUAAAGCCUUAGCAUAUGCCAAGGAUAAAGAACUGGUGGCCUCAGCUGGACUGGACCGGCAGAUCUUCCUCUGGGACGUCAACACCCUCACAGCGCUCACCGCCUCCAACAACACGGUCACCACCUCUUCCCUAAGUGGAAACAAAGACUCCAUCUACAGUCUUGCCAUGAAUCAGAUGGGAACAGUCAUUGUGUCUGGCUCUACAGAAAAGGUGUUAAGGGUGUGGGAUCCCCGUACCUGUGCAAAACUCAUGAAGCUGAAGGGACACACAGACAAUGUGAAGACAUUACUGCUCAACAGAGAUGGCACUCAGUGUCUUUCUGGUAGUUCAGACGGCGCCAUCCGACUGUGGUCUCUGGGCCAGCAGAGAUGCAUCGCCACCUACAGGUUUCAUGACGAGGGGGUGUGGGCCUUGCAGGCCAAUGAAGCCUUCACGCAUGUCUAUUCUGGUGGCCGCGACCGCAAGAUCUACUGCACAGACCUGCGCAACCCUGACCUCAGAGUACUCAUCUGUGAGGAGAAGGCCUCUGUGUUGAGGAUGGAGCUGGACAGGUCAGCUGACCCUCCUCCUGCCCUCUGGGUCUGUACCACCAAGUCAUCAGUCAACAAAUGGUCACUGAAGGGAAUGAACAACUUCAGAGUAUCUGGUGACUAUGACAACGACUGCAGCGCCCCCCUGACCCCACUAUGUGUGCAGUCUGAACAGGCCAUCAAAGGUGGUGCCAGCAUUGUUCAGUGUCAUAUACUGAAUGACAAGAGGCACAUCCUCACCAAAGACACCAAUAACAACGUGGCAUACUGGGACGUCCUCAAGGCUUGUAAAGGUGAAGAUCUUGGUAAAGUGGAGUUUGAUGAAGAGGUUAAAAAACGAUUUAAGAUGGUUUAUGUCCCAAACUGGUUCUCAGUUGAUCUCAAGACAGGGAUGCUGACCAUAACACUGGAUGAAAGUGACUGCUUUGCUGCCUGGGUCUCUGCCAAGGACGCAGGUUUCUCAAGUUCAGAUGGCUCUGACCCAAAAUUGAACCUGGGUGGACUGCUGCUGCAGGCCCUGCUGGAGUUCUGGCCCAGGACCCACAUCAGCUCCAUGGAUGAAGAAGACAAUGACGUGCACCAUGUGAAUGGGGAGCAGGAGAGUCGGAUGCAGAAAGGCAAUGGCUACUUCCAGGUUCCUCCGCACACACCGGUCAUCUUCGGGGAGGCUGGGGGGAGGACUCUGUUCAGGUUAUUGUGUCGAGACUCAGGGGGAGAAACUGAGUCUAUGCUGCUCAAUGAGACGGUCCCUCAGUGGGUGAUUGACAUCACUGUAGAUAAAAACAUGCCAAAAUUCAACAAAAUCCCCUUCUACCUCCAGCCACAUUCAUCUUCAGGCGCAAAAACACUGAAGAAGGACCGUCUGUCAGCCAGCGACAUGCUGCAGGUGAGGAAGGUGAUGGAGCAUGUCUACGAGAAGAUCAUCAACCUGGACACGGAGUCCCAGACCACCAGCUCCUCAACCAAUGACAAGGCGGGAGAGCAAGAGAAGGAGGAGGACGUGGCCAUGGUGGCCGAGGAGAAGAUCGAGCUCAUGUGCCAGGACCAGGUGUUGGAUCCCAAUAUGGACCUGCGAACAGUCAAACAUUUUAUCUGGAAGAGUGGCGGUGACCUGACUCUUCACUACAAGCAGAAGCCCACGUGAAGGGCCCCGGGCCCGAGAGGCCUCAGAAGGACACUGAAGGGACCUGCAUGGCUUUCCACCACACACACACACACACACACACACACACACACACAUAUAUAUAUAUAUAUACAUAUAUAUAUAUAUACACGCACACACAACCAACCCCACUAUACUUUGCCUUCAUCCUUGCACUGGCCAAUGUGAACACUUACCAGAGAGCUUCCUCAGUGAUGGAGAAACUUCUGGAAAGUUUCUACCUGUUGGCCAGGAGACAUUCACUGUGGGGGAACUGAGCCAUCGACAUGUUCAGCAGAGAGAAUUCUCAGACUGAAAUACAAACAUCCUUUAACCUCUUAAUUUUAUCCUUUUAACCCACCUCCUCUUUUUUUAAAACCUUUUUUUGCCCUCCCCUUGUUUAUAUUGUAAGUAUUUUCAGUUGGAUGUCAGUGUUGGUUUUUUGCAGGACCAUUGCUCACUCUGUAAUGUGGACCACUGUGUGCAAGGAGGUGUCUACAUUUCCGCCACAUUCCUGGGCCUGGCUCUCGUUUGACCAGAUCAAGCCACCGCGGCUUCAUUUUAGACCAGCGUAAAGUUUGACGAUCAUUGUUAUGUGGGGCUCUUGGCCUUUUUUCCCAGUAUCAGUGGUCAUGGAAGACAUUCACAAUUCUUUUUUUCUCAUCUUUCUCUUUUUAGUUUUUUUUUUCUUUUCAGUUUUUUGUAUGAUUGUGUACAGCACACUUUUUCUUUUUUUCUUAUGAACAUUCUCUAAGUUAUUCAUUUGUUUUCUGGAAUUUAUUACUUUUAUUACUACAGUAUAGUAUAAGGAAUGAACUUAAAACCUACCAAGAGACAAAUGAAGGUAGGAAGAAAGGCACUGACAAACACACACUGCAUCACACACACACACACACACAGAAAGUAUUUAGCAUUAGUGCACUCAAAACACUCCAGUUGGAUGACCGGAAUGUUGUAGACCAGUUAAUCAGUAAUCAUGAUUGGUUGAUUGAUUGCUGCCUACUGAAUGACAUUACUGUAUAUUUGUAAAUCAAAGUCAGUUUAAGUCAAAGACAAGAUCUUAAAAGGACAAUGUUGAGCCAGUUCCUGAGAGGGACUAUGUGAUGAGCAUUACAUUUGUAACAAAUAAAGGAGUCUUAUAAAUAAA